UCCCGCGCCGCCCGACAGGCUCCUCCGGGGAGCACCGUGAGCCGGGAAGCAUGCAGCUCCUCCUGGUCGCCUUCGUGGGCCUCGCACACCUCUUGCCCCUGAACUGCGGGAAGGCCAUCCGCAGGUACGGGCCGGGCGGGAAGACGAUCCAGGAGAUGGAGGAGGAGAUCGCCUCCUACAGAGGCGUGGCCAAGGCCAUCAUCAACCUGGCAGUGGACGGCAAAGCCCAGAACAGGUCCUACGAGCGCCUGUCUCUCCUGGUGGACUCCGUGGGCCACAGGCUCAGCGGCUCGAAGAAUCUGGAGCGGGCCAUCCAGAUCAUGCAUCGGAGCCUGAUGGAGGAGGGGCUGCAGAACGUGCAUCUGGAGCCGGUGAAGAUCCCCCACUGGGAGCGGGGCGAGGAGUCGCUCAUCAUGCUGGAACCCAGGAUCCACACCAUGGCCAUCAUGGGACUGGGCAGCAGCAUCGGGACGCCCCCCAAUGGUAUCACAGCCCAAGUCCUGGUGGUGAAUUCCUUUGACGAGCUGCAUAAAAGGGCCCUGGAAGCCCGUGGAAAGAUUGUUGUGUACAACCAGCCCUUCGUCAGCUACCAGGACAGCGUCAAGUACCGCGCACGGGGCGCUGUGCAAGCUGCCGAAGUGGGGGCUGUGGCGGCCCUUGUGCGCUCAGUGACGCCCCUCUCCAUCUACAGCCCUCACACAGGCAUGCAGGAGUACCAAGAGAACGUGCCCAAGAUCCCUGCUGCCUGCAUCACCGUGGAGGAUGCGGAGAUGAUGUCCCGGAUGGCCUCACAGGGCCAUCAAGUCAUCGUUCACCUGAAGAUGGGAGCCAAGAACCUCCCAGAUGCAGAUUCCUUCAACACCGUGGCUGAGAUCGUCGGCUGGAAGUACCCAGACGAAGUGGUCCUGGUGAGCGGCCAUCUAGACAGCUGGGACGUGGGCCAGGGUGCCAUGGAUGACGGCGGCGGAGUGUUCAUAUCCUGGGAAGCCCUCUCACUCAUCAAAGAUCUAGGGCUGCGGCCAAAGAGGACUCUGCGCCUGGUGCUCUGGACAGCGGAGGAACAGGGUGGCAUCGGCUCCCUGCAGUACUUCCUGCAGCACAAGACGAACAUUUCCAAGUACAGCCUGGUGAUGGAGUCAGACCUGGGCACCUUCUUGCCCACAGCACUGCAGUUCACGGGCAGCGAAGAGGCCAAGGUCAUCAUGAAGAAGAUCAUGAGCCUGAUGCAGCCUCUCAACAUCACCCAGCUCCUGGACGGUGGCGAGGGCACCGACAUCAACUACUGGAUCCAAGCUGGCGUGCCUGGGGCCAGCCUGCUGGACGACCUCUCCAAGUACUUCACCUUCCAUCACUCCCAGGGAGACACCAUGUCGGUGCUGAACCCCAAGGAGAUGAACGUGGCCGCAGCGCUCUGGGCCGUGGUGGCCUAUGUGGUCGCCGAUUUGGAGGAGAUGCUACCCAGAGACCCCACCCAUCGGCACAGGAAGGAGCUAGCAGGUCCCUGCUGGCCGGAGCUGCUGUGCCGUUCCCUGGUCCAGGACACCCACCUCACCUAGAGUCUCUCCAGAUCCCUUCCCGAACCGCAGGGCUCUCGCAAGCAUCAUUGUCUGUCUUGAUGCCUUUCACUCUCUCUGUGACCAGCAUAGACCUGACCCCAAUCUCAGUACAGGCAUUGCCUUAGACUCUAUGUAACGAAAAUAGUGUUUGUUUCUGAACAUUUAAUACAGCGGCACCCGUGUCCGUGUUUGUGCUCUUGGUUAAAAGCAUUUAGAACCGCACAACUGUAGUCGGACCCUUAUUGUGUGGAGUCAUUGGAUGUCCUUCAUUAAAUAUUUUUACACUCGA